AUGAAGAUUUCCCUUUCCUCCGUCUUGCUGUUCGCGUUGGCAACAGAGUCAACUGUCGCAAGCAGUUGGUUCGGUGGUGCUACCACGGCAGCAUAUAACAAAUGGCAUGAAACCGAGCUGGAGCGUUGGCUCUCAGACCACGAUGUCCCGUACCCUACACCCGCAAACCGCAAAGAUCUCGAGAAACUUGUGAAGACCAAUUGGAAUGAAAAAGUUGCUACCCCGUAUAAGGACUGGGAUACUCCCCAGCUUCAGUCGUAUCUCAAGUCCAAGGGAGCCGAUAGCAAGAAAGCCGCAGACUCGAACAAGAACAGCUUGGUCAACUCGGUCAAGAGCUACUGGACGGAUAGUGCGGACUCUGCCUCGGAAUCCUAUCAUUCUGUGAAGGACUGGGUUUUCGAUAGCUGGACCGACUCUCAGCUGAAAUCUUUCCUCGACAAAAACGAUAUUCCGGCUCCUCAGCCUCGCAAGCGCGACACCAUGAUCGCAGCAGCUCGAUCAAAUUAUGACUCAGUCGCAAAAAAGCUUGGACAAUCCGUCCACUAUCCUGGCGACUGGCUGUAUGAGACGUGGUCCGAGUCUGACCUGAAAGAAUUCCUCGAUGAGCGUGGAGUGCCCGUACCUCAGCCGAGCACCCGUGACAAGCUCAUUGCUUCGGUCCGCCGCAACUCACGCCUCGCUAGCACCAAUCUCAAGGACACCGCUGCUUCCGCCUCGAAGUCUGCCCAAGCAGCCAAAGAGAGUUUGAGCGACGCCCUUCUCGACUCAUGGAGCGACUCCCAGAUCAAGGAGUGGGCCGACAAAAACGGUAUCAAAGUGCCUCAAGGAUCCAAGCGGAAUGAACUUCUGGCGCUCGCACGCAAGCAUCGCAGUGCCCUGACCGGUGAUAACGCAGCUUCCUCAGUCUCAAGCGCUUUCGGGGCUGCAACGACCAAAGCCAACAACCAAUUCGCUCAAUCCACUGAUGAUGCCCAACUCAAGGGAGAGGACGCUUUCAACCAAGCCGUUGGUACCUGGAGUGACAGCCGGCUUAAGGCAUUUCUUGAUGCUCGGGGUGUACCCGUCCCUCAAGGCGGCAAGAAAGACGAGCUUAUGAAGCAAGUCCGCCUCAACAAGCACAAGGCGUCAACUGGCUGGUCUGCAUGGACAUUUGACACUUGGACUGUCGAUAACUUGAAGAAAUACCUGUCCUCUUCAAAUGACAAAGCUGCGCAGAAGGCUGCGAACAAGGCUGGGGCGACUCGUGAUGAUCUCCUUAAGCAAGCCCAAGACAGUUAUUCGAGCGCAUCCAAAUCAGGAGGCAGCAACUACGCCUCGGUCACUUCCUACCUUGCAGCAUCUACGAAUGCCGUGAAAGAAAACACGUUCGAUACUUGGUCCGACUCUGACCUCAAGUCAUAUCUCGAUUCAUACGGUGUUAAAAACUAUCAAGGUAGCAAUACAAAUGAACUCAAGGCUAUGGCCCGUCGCAAUGCUCAAUACUUCCGCCACGGCACAAACACCCCUGGAGCCGGCAUAUUCGGCAGCCUACAAAACGGUGCUCAAUGGGUUCUUGAUCAACUCAAGAUUGGAGCUGCUAGUGGCCGCAAAGAGGCUGAGUAUCAAGGGCAAAAGGGAGCUGACCACGUGAAGGAAGCAGGAACGGCAGCCACUAACCGCGCUGGCGAAGCGGGUCAAAAGGCGUCGGACAAGGUCAAGGAGGAGUUGUAA